AUGUCUCAUCCUGUGCCUCCCGCAGCUGGCGUCUGGGCCCCAGCAAUCACAUUCUUCGACCAAGAAACGGAUGCUCUUGACACUGAGUCUCAAGCCAGGUACUACACAUAUCUAUCCAACACCGGACUUGCAGGGCUGGUGAUACUCGGUACCAACGCCGAGACCUUUCUUCUUACACGGGAGGAGCGCAAAACACUUCUCCAAACUGCCCGGAAAGCAUGCGGACCAUCAUUUCCCAUCAUAGCCGGUGUAAGCGGUCACUCAACCAAGCAAGUGUUGGAAUACAUCUCUGAUGCCGUGGAUUCCGGCGCAAACUACGUGCUGGUUCUACCCCCUGCCUAUUUUGGCAAACAGACAACGCCAGCCGUCAUUGACAGGUUCUUCGACGACAUCGCCAAGGCAUGCCCUAUACCCAUCGUCAUUUACAACUUCCCCGUCGUAUGCAACGGAAUCGAUCUCGACUCAGCAACUAUUGCCAGACUAGGUCGAAAGCAUAAGAACAUUGUCGGAGUGAAGCUUACCUGCGGAGCCGUGGCCAAGAUUACUCGACUGGCUGCCGAGUUUCCAGAGGACGAGUGGACGACAUACGGUGGCCAGUCAGACUUUCUCAUCGGUGGCCUGGCCGCAGGCUCCAAGGGUACCAUAGCGGGAUUCGCCAAUGUCUUCCCCAAGACCAUUGUGCACAUCUACAACUUGUACCAGCAGGGCAAGAUUAGGGAGGCAAUGGACCUACACAAAAAGGCUGCAUUGGCUGAGCAGCCUUGCAAAACUGGAAUUUCGUUCGUCAAGUAUGCAGCGGCCUUGAAUACGGCCAAAGCAGCGGGAAUCGAGGGCGCCGUGGAUAAGUUGAAGCCUAGGAGGCCUUAUCUUGAGCCCAGUGAAACGGAGAAAAUGAAUAUUGAGCUCCAAAUUUCCGAGAUGGCCAAUAUAGAGGCAUCAUUGUAA